GACCUUCAUUCACUUCCCCUUUCACUUCAGUUCCUUUCUUUCAUCCGUCUUCAUAUUCACUUUUGCACUGUCCUUGCUCAUUACUGAGCUGCUAUUCUCGUUUGCUCGCUUGAAGCCCUUUACUCAAUCGGAUCCGAUGUCAUUCCUUUUCUGAUUCGCCUCAAUGCCGACUCCGAGUGACAACACACCAAGCCUGAAUGCCACAUCGAUCGCUGAAGAAAUCUCCACUCGCACAACAUGUCCGCCUGAAAUAGAGAGAUUGUCAUCCUGGCGAGACUCCCCUGAAUCCAUGACUGCGGAGAGCGAUGCUCCCGACAAUGCUCUUUCCCCCGCCAUUGCGUCGGCGCAGCCCGAACUGCCUCGGUCGGAUGAUGCCAUGACUCGUUCAAAUACAGAUGAAUUAAAGGCCAGUGCUGUGCCCGAAGUGUCUGCAAAGAGUAUGGAAAAAUCCGACGAGGAUGCCGUCGCGGGAAGAUUGAGUCCUGCUGGGGAACCGUCACGUUCCUCCAACCAGUCACCACCUGUUACCACCCCUUCCACUAGUGCGCUUCUGAGUUACGAAUUCUCGAAUAUACGGCUUCUUCCCAAUUACACUUCGUCCUUUCUGCGACCCGGCAGUAAAUUCACCGGCACCCAGCAAUCAGACCGUCAGAUAUACAACGUUGAUGUAGAAAUCAAGCAUGUUGACAUGGUUGAAUCAUAUCUUUGUGGAUAUCUUAGAAUCCAAGGUCUCACGGAGGAUCAUCCUACCCUUACAACAUUCUUCGAAGGAGAGAUCAUCGGAACAAAACAUACAUUCAAAACUAGAAACGAAGCAUGGGGCGCCACAGAGAAGACUGAUAUGCAUCACUGGGCACGAUUUCCCGCCUGGAGGCCACUGGCAAAGCAGGCCAAAAGACCGGAUUUCACGUACCGCAAUUUUGCCCAGCGUGAGCAUAUCUUUAUGCGAUGGAAGGAAUACUUCCUUGUGCCCGACCAUCGUGUAAGAACGAUCUCGGGUGCAAGUUUCGAAGGCUUCUACUACAUCUGCUUCAACCAGGUGGAAGGGACCGUGACUGGUAUAUACUUCCAUGCCAAGAGCGAGAAGUACCAGCAGUUGGAACUCAAACACGUUGAGGAUCGCGGCUGCACUCCCGCUGUCGAAUUUCGUUGAUACCGGCUUUUGUGGUGAGGGACAUCGUUCUGGUCAUCAAGUCCCUCAUCCUUUACUUCCUAUUCUUUUUUAAUUGCCUUUAUUCCCUCAUUUUAAUUCCAUCCUAUCGUCUCUGCCCGUGCUGAAAUCCACGGUGUAGUGUUCCUAAAGCACAGGAAUGCUUAUCUUCUACACUGCCGCUCCCUAUCUCCAACACACUUGAUUAUGGUUUUACGAUGGUAUUUUCUCAAAUAGGCGUCCUCUUUGGUUUCUUCGGGUCCCAACUAUCACUCCGUGUUGUUUUUAUUCCUUUAUUUUUUUUAUCUCUCUUGGUCUUUUGCCUUUAACUCUCAAUUUGCAGUAGGACCAUUGUGUGCGUAUAGGUAGCGUCAUCUGAAGGAUCUCGGUUCAACUUGUUUGGGCUAUUUACAUUUUUUCUCUCCCGAUCUAUUCAUUUCCCUCGGACUCAAGUAGUAGCCGUAUUUUCUCUUUCUUGAAUCAUAGACACUUUCUUGCUUACAAGCCAUACUCACAAAAUUGAUAUCAGAGUAUUGAUCUAUUAGCACCGAUCUCUAUAUACGCAGCCAGUUUAAAAUCUCGUUAUAGGGUCUAGUUUUUGCAUUAUAAGUAAUUACAGGCUUUAAUAACUCUUUCGAGUACUAGAGACUAACAAGAUAUAGCUAGCAUAGAACAAAA